GGUCACUAUAUCAAAUAUAUACACUCAACACAGGAAUACUCUCCAUAACUGUUUCCAUUGAUCGAAAACGUUUGAGUCGAGCAACAGAGACUGCACUCGUGACUUACAAUAACAUUCCAUCGCUACAUCAACUUUGACAUCAAAAUGGAAUGUGAAAACGAAGAAAUCGAUGUGUCUAGUGUACAUAUACAAUAGUAUUAAAAAAAAUGUAGGCAACAAAGAAAAAAGUUUACAAGAAAAAAAAAAGAAAAAUUUACGAAAGAAACGAUGAUACGAAACGGGACUCAACAGCUAAAAGUCGUUGAGCAUAAUAAAAAAAUACGAAAACAGCAUAAAAUAAAUUAGUUAAUUAAUUGAACGAAAAUCAUAUGUGUUGUUGUGGUGAGUGAUUUACCAACAACUACAACAAACAAAAAGAAGAGAAAAAAAAAAUAAUUAUCUCUCACCAAAAGUAUAGACGAAAUCAUCGAAAGACCGCGACAACGGCAACGUUCAUAUACGAUAGAAUCGUGCUAUUUGAACAAGGACAAGUGUGAUUGUGUAUGUAUAUGCGUCAAUGUGCAAAAAAAUUGAGAAUUUUGCCCAAAAAAAACGAAACGAAAACGUUCAGCCAUUCAGUAAAAAGUCAACAACAAAAAUAAAUAGAAAAUAAUUCAAUUUAAAUAGGCGAAACACACUCUCACAAGACAUAUUCUAAGCGCGCGCGAGACAUAUACACAUAUACACUCCGCUCACAAUGGACUGUCAUCAAAUAUUGAGCGGCGCUUGUAAUGUGGGCGACAAAUGCUUUGCAAUUGGUUCGGUUGAGGGAAUCAAUUUCACAGCAUAUGCAGCCGGCUGCAACAUUGUAAUCCUAGCGAGUACAUUCGAGCGUGUUCAAAUCAUCCCGGGUGCAACUCACAAUUAUAUUCGAAUAUCAGCGCUAGACUGUAGCACCGAUACCGGAAAAAUUGCAGCCGCCUAUGAGGACAAAGUGUGUAUUUUCGAGCCAACACCAUUGAUUCAUAGUCAAUGUCCACCAUCACAUGGAUUAGAAUAUCGAUGGGUUCAAACUGGAUCACUGCAGGCCGAUUCUCACAUCAGUUCGUUGUCAUGGAAUCUAGAAGGUACGCGAUUGUUGACGGGUGGUGUCACCAUUCAAUUGUGGCAUGAACGAAUCACAAACAAAGAAGAGGAUCCAGCACCUGUCACAUUUGAAAUAGGGGGCGGUGGUAGUGAUCGUGGUGAUCCAAAGACACCAAACAAUGAAGAGGAACCCGAAUGGGAAUGCGUAUGGAAGUGCCAUACGGCAACGCCGGUACAUCAUAUGUCAUUCAGUCCAGAUGGCACACUAUUUGCAACAUCCGGUAAAAGUGAUCGUCUAGUGAAGAUUUGGUACGAGAACAAAAAUGUACUUUUUCCCAAUAAAAAUGUGGAUCAAGCGCACUUUGGUUCGAUGACAUCAACCGGCCAUUUGGAAUUGAACUAUGGAUUCGUGUACAUUGCACAUCCACGGGCUGUGACACAUUUGUCGUGGCGCAAAACCAGUAAAUACAUGCCAAAAGGUUCUGUAUCAAAUAUGCUUGUCACAUCGUGUUUAGAUAACAUUUGCCGAAUUUGGAUUGAAACCGUUUUACCCGAUGAUGGUUUAGUGAAUAUGAAUCAAUUUGAUCCGUUGGCCACGCAAAACCCCAAAUUUCGAACACAUCGACAUAAACAUCGAUUUAUGCAACGAUUAAAGCAUAUGAAAACGUGUUUCCACAUCAGACGUCAUGCAAAACAUAAUAAUGGUAAUAGCCAUCACAUUGGUCAAACCGUCGGUUCUGUAUAUGGUUCAACAUUGGCAAGUGGAAAUUUUGGACAAUCGAUGCCAAUACCAUCGUUACCAUCGACAUACAGUGUUCAUGAUUUUCAUUCGUAUGGUUACCAUGGAACGGGCGUGACGCCCGGUUUGCAUUUCCAUUUGGCCGCAUCAAUAAAUGCUGAAACCGAUAUACCUCUCGUACCAUCGAUGCAAUCGAAUGAUCCAACAAAUCAACCAAAUUUUAUUUUGCAUUGGCUGAAUAACAAAGAGAUGCAUUUUACGAUGCAGGCUGAGUCCAUUUUACAGGAACUGACACGAAAGGUCAUUGAAAAAGAGCAAAUGAAUAAUAUAUCGAGCGGCACUAGCGAACAUAAUUCAGAUGGUCAUGAUGGUGGCGGACACGACGAUAACAAUCCAUCGCAUAAUCACUUGACCACCGAAGAGCCGAAGAGACGAUUUGGCAAAAGUCAAAAAUCAUUUUCGCACGAUGAAAGUAAUAGUGACGAUCAUUUGGGGCAUUCGGCGAAAUCGGGCGGUGUCGGUCUUCAUAGUCAUCAUUCGUUAUCAAAUACGACAUCAUUGAAUUCGCUGGCCACCGAUCAUGGUGCGGCAAAUGUUCCUGUAACCGAUUCACUUGAUAUGAAAAUCGAAUGUCUUCUACGUGAUUGGCAUCACAGUCCCGAUCUAUUGUUUUCCAUUCAUCCAAUCGAUGGAAGCUAUUUGAUUUGGGUGGUUGAAUGGCUCGAUGAAUAUCAUCCGGGUGCAUUUAGACAAGCGCAAAUUUCAUUUUCAACCCGAAUUCCAUCUGGUUUUCCACUUGGCGAUGCAAUGUCAAUGUCCACUUCAGUCAAUCUGUACAAUACCGGCGGCCAUUUAUUACAUUUUCGAGAAAUGGUAAAAGGUGUACCCAGCUCCGUGGUUAGUCAGGCCGCAUCGAAUACAGAUAAUGGCGGCGAUCCAACAACACCGUUGCCAAGUGUACAAGAGGAAUCGGAAGAACAAGCACAACAAGAUGAAGGCAGAAAAAGUGUAACGAAAACCAUUAAUCAACAUCAAAAUGGUGCCAACGAUGGAACAGAAGAAGAACAACCGCCCGAUAUAUUGACAGCACCACCAUCACCAACUAUAUCAAUGGUAACGAAACAUGCAAACGGAACAUUGAAUUUGUGGCAACUUACCUUUGCUGACAAAUCGAAAUUUACUCAGGUUUUAAGCAUUGGACACGUAUCACGUGCAUCGGGUCAUCGUUUUCGUGUUAACGACAUUACGUGUCAUCCGGUGUUACCAUUGUUGUUAACAACCUCUCAUCACAACAUUCCAGAUACACCAUCCGAUCCAAAUGGGCCGUACAGUGCAAAUUUGUUUACACCAAAUAAAGGAAAAGACGUUUGUGUUCCAUCCGGAUUUUGUUCCGAAUUGAUUUUGUGGCGUGUUGAUUCGGUUGGACCGCUUGCCCAAUCGGGUGGAGUUGAAGAAUUGGCACGAAUCAAUUCACUUGAAAUAUCUGCGUUCAGCAAUGUGGCAUGGAUACCAACAUUGUUGCCAAGCACAACAUUGGGCAGUUUGAGUAAUUCACCGUCAGCAUGUUUUGUUGCUAGUGACGGUGAAUGUUUACGUGUUUAUCAGGCUGUAAUCGAUGCACGCACUCUACUCGCCGAAGUAUCUAGUAGUGAGCGAAAAACACGUAUGAUGGAUUCCAUGGUAUCUCUUUCAUCCGACGGUUCAUCCGAUAAUGCUGUUCCACAACAGCCGUGGCAUACAAAAAUUAAAAUUGUUUCACAACAAUCGACAGCCCGUCCAGGUUGCAUAAUUCAAUUGGAUGGCAUUGAUGAUGCUACGCACGAUUGGCAAAAUACCCAAUUCUUACAUGUUUUCCAAGAACAAUUAAUUACCGGCGAACGAAAUGAAGUGCGAACAAUUCCGGUGGCCGAGAACUUUGAUUUGGGCCUGAUGGAAAAUCAAAUGAGUGCAAUUGUUGAUCUACAACAGAAUUCAGUGUUCGAAGAACCAUUUUACAUUGUUUUAAUCGAACGUACAACGAAUGGUAGCACCAUUCAUAUGUGGCGCAUUGUGAUUGCAUCACAACCAGAAACGAAUGAACUAACCGAAAGUAACAUGUACGUACCUGAUGGAAAUUUGAUUCAGGAUUUAGAUGAACCGGAUCCAACUGGACGUCGACAAUCACUUGCCGGUUAUAAUUUAAAUAAUACCGAUGGAAAAGUAUUCAAUGCCACUGAAGCUCCGCAUGUUAGUAUUAAAACGACAAAAGUAUGCACACAAGAGUUACCAUUGCCCGAAGGUGUUGAUGUUGUACAUGCUGCCCCAGCAGCCGGUCAUUUAAGUUCAUCAUCCAUUUAUCCUGCUUGUUUUGCACCGUACAUCAUUGUAACGGCAUGCUCCGAUUCAACGUCACGUUUUUGGCGUUGUAAAAUAAUUAAAAAUGAUGAUGGUGCCACCAAUGAUGCUGACAAUCCAUUUGCAACACAGGAUAGUUUGAAGUACGAAUGGUGUGAAUGGGAUAUGUUAAGUCGAGAUCGCGAAUCAACGAUUGAAGUACCUGGUCAACCGUUGCAUAUUAGUGCUGCGUAUUCGGGACGAAUUGCAUGCGCCUAUAAAUAUGGAAAAUCAUUUACGCGACCACACAAAGGUGACCCGGAUUCAAGAUAUGUUAAUUUAUGCGUUGCAAUUUAUGAGUGCGAAAGUACCGGUGGCAGCGAAUGGAUACUUGAAGAUACAAUUCAUUUGAAAAAUGUGCAUUUGCCUCGCAUUAAUUUAGAUCCACAUUUGGAUCUGAGCUAUUUACACGAUCGAAGUAUGUUACAGAAAAAGCAAAAACUAACACAAGUCAUUCAAAAUUUGACACAUGAUGAAUCACGUUCACCGCGAAAUGGUGAAAUAACACCGGAUGGUUUACCAAAACCGAGCACACUGUUAGCCGUUCCAAGUUUUAGCACAUUACAAUCAUUGCGAAAAAGUAUCAUCGAAAAUGGCAAUACAUGCCCGUUAACGCAAAAGCAUUUGGUUCAAUUGGAUUGGGUGUCGAAAGAGGAUGGUUCGCAUAUAUUAACCGUAGCUGUUGGUAGUAAAAUUCUCUUAUACACAUCAGUAUCUAGUGAUUUGGCACAAGCAAAUAUAAAAGCGAUGAAAGAAUCACAAUCAUCAAAUCGGCCACUGUUGCGAAAGGCCAGUUCGUUGGCACAGCCACAUUUCAACGAUGAAAUUCGUUGGAUGAAAUUACGUCAAAUUGAACUGCAUACGGCCGAUGGUUUACCACCAUUACCGAUGCAAAUGUCUUGGGUUCGCGAUGGAAUUCUUGUCGUUGGAAUGGAUUCGGAGAUGCACGUCUAUUCACAAUGGAAACCGCACAAAAACACCAACAAUAUUGACAUCGAAGAUAUGCAAGAUACAAGAAAUUUACGUGAUGAAGAUUUACGAACAAUGGCCAAUGAGAAUACACAACGUCGCAUGGCAUCGGCCGCAUCAAUAACACAUUUGAAUCGUGCCCAUGGUUCGAUGAAUUUACAAAUGAUAACAAAUGAAAAGAAACGAAAAUUGGGCCCAGCGAUAAGCACCAAUCAACUGAAUAACAUCGAUCAAGGUCGUAUUCAUGAUUAUAUGCCGGAUUUUGGUUUGUUUGAAGCAUCACGAAUUGCAUGCCCCGUUUUACCACAAUACCAUCCAAAACAAUUGAUGGAAUUACUUAAUUGCGGCAAAAUUCGAUGGGUUAAAGCAAUAUUAGCGCAUUUGGUUCGAUGCAUCAGUGGAACAUACAUUAAUCGAUCGAACGGAAUUUCUGGCGGAGAUGAAGAAAAUACAAAUCAUCAGCGAGGUUGGUCGAGAUCUCGCACAUUAUCUGUGAGUUACGUGGCUGGCACCGCAAGUCCUUUAGAACAAAGAGGAUCUACAACACAGCUUCCUGAGGAGUUAACUCUAGACUAUGCUGAAAUUACGUCAAUUCCACCGUUGCCAUUGUGGACACUAUUGGCUGCUGACAAAGAACUGGCACAAUCGAAUAAAAAUGAGGGAGAGAAAAAGGAUUACAACGAUUUGUUCGAUUCAAAUUUGGAUGAAGACAAUCUGGAUGAUUUGCUAGAAGAUGAUGGUGAUCGUCAGCAGAGAUACGAUGCGCGUCGUCCAUCGUUGCCAAGUGAACGUCAAAGUUUAUCGCAUUUUGGACCGCGUCAAGGUCAGCUAAUAUCACGUUUGUUAACGCACACACAUUUGCCGGGAUUGUCAUCGCUCGAUCAAAUGCAUUUAUUGGCAUUGGCCGACACUGUGGCCACCUGUAACACCGACUUUGCCGAACGAUUUAUUAACGAUGCUGCCAAAACGGCAAUAUCAAAGGAGAAUUUAACCGGUAUUCCGGAAAAUGUCAGCACCGAAUCGCUUGACGAUUGUGGUCUUCGAUUUUUACUUGCAAUGAAACACUAUACAUAUUUAUUGCGAUGUCUACCAAUUGCACAACGUACACAAUUCCAGAAGCAAGGUGUCGUUUCGUCGAACAUUGUCUGGGCAUUCCAUUCGGAGAGUGAAGAAGAAAUUCUUCAAUUGAUUCCAUCGUAUGCAAAAGAUCAAUUGAGAUGGUCACAAUUGAAAGAGCUUGGCGUCGGUUGGUGGUUGAGAAAUAAUUCAUUGCUACGACGAUGCAUUGAAAAAUUGGCCAGAUCUAGCUAUCAAGCAAAACAAGAUCCAAUGGAUGCAGCCCUCUAUUACAUUGCAAUGAAGAAAAAAUCACUGGUCUGGGGAUUGUAUCGAUCACAACGUGAUGAAAAGAUGACACAAUUCUUUGCGAAUAAUUUCAGCGAGGAUCGGUGGCGAAAGGCUGCACUGAAAAAUGCAUUUGCAUUGUUGGGCAAACAACGUUUUGAACAUGCGGUCGCAUUCUUUUUAUUGGCCAAUUCAUUGAACGAUGCCAUUGAAGUGUGCCUAACAAAAUUGGAAGAUUUACAAUUGGCACUGGUCAUUGCACGAUUGUAUGAAGGCGAACAUGAUUCAACACCGCCAAGCUACAAGAAACUAUUAUACGAAGAAGUUUUAGGUUGUGACAGCGACGGAAACAAUCGAGACAUCAGUCGUGCCCAUCCGGAUCCAUUUUUACGAUCGAUGGCACUUUGGCUACUCAAAGACUAUUCUGGCAGCUUAAAUACACUUUUAUUGAAUAACGUUGGUUUGAAUCAUACAGCCCAUUUGGACGACGAUCCAUUAUUACGCUCCGAUUCGAAUCAAUCAACCAAUCCGAAUGUAUUUAAUUUCUAUAUUUAUCUUCGAACGCAUCCACUUUUGAUACGACAAUACAUUGCAUCGAGCGCACAAGAAAAGAAGAAAGCACAAGUGGUAUUGUCUGGUUUCAGCUAUAGUGGCGGCGAAAAUACACAAGCACCAACGAAAAUCUGGGGCGAUCGGCAAAUUCAAAUCGAAGAUUCAAUCACACCAUUGGAACGGCAACUAUAUUUCACAACUGCUCAUGGUCAUUUCAAGGCUGGUUGUCCGGCUUUAGCACUCGAAGUAUUAAGCAAAUUACCGUCUAAAGUCAUUGAACCGGAAGAACCGAGUCAAGUUAAUACACCGACGGAUGAAAACCAUGCCGAAUUGAUUGAUACGGGCAUUUUCAGCGAUCAAAAGAAUAAAAUUGAACCACAAAAAACAGACACUUUUGACUGGGGAGCACCGGCCGCAACAAGCAAUGGAUUGGAUACGGCAGAUGCUUUGGAUUGGGGUGCACCGGUUACAAAGUCCAACGAUGAUGAAUUUAAAAUUGAAUGGGAGGAAGAUGGUGAUGAUACUAAUUCGGACGAAAAUGAUACCGGUCUUAGUAUGGGCGUUGAUAAGAAAAAAGAAGACGAAGAAAGCAGUAAUCGUCCAUCGAUACAAGUGAAUUCACAAGAAAGCAACGGCGAACGCACUGAAAUGCUUGAUAUAAUGGCACAACAAUUGAAAUUCGUUGCAUGCUUGAAAAUUCUCAUGGAAGAGCUAUCAACAUUGGCCACUGGAUUCGAAGUUGAUGGCGGCCAAUUGAGAUAUCAAUUGUAUGUUUGGCUCGAGAAAGAGGUUGAAGCGCUCAAACAAUUGUGCAAUUACAGCAGCAGCGAAUCAGAAACGGUAGCAAACGAGGAAGGUAAUCAAACCGAAACAAAUGAUCGUGAAACACCAAUACCUGGUGCCAGACAAUAUGGUGAACGGCCCACAUUACAUGAAAUUUUGAUCGCAGAAAAACAAGACUUUGAAGCGAAAGUGCAAAGAGCGGCAAGAAGAAAACGAUGGCUUAAAGCAAAUGAAACAUUGCUGAGAACAUUGCUCAGUUAUUGUUCGUUGCAUGGAGCUAGUGGAGGUGGAUUGUCAUCUGUUCGGAUGGAGCUUGUGUUGCUGUUACAAGAAUUGCAACAAGAAAAGACGCAACAACAACUACUUAGUCCACUUCCCUUCCCAACCACAUUGCCACUACUCAGCGCUUGUGUAGCUGGUAAUCGAACUGUCAUCGCUGAUCCAAUACGUUAUCUAGAGGCUCAAACUCAUGAUAUGUUACAAACAAUGGUUGCUCUUAGAUCGCCACCAGUUGGACUGCAAACAUCAACUGCUUCCGAAAUAUUUAUUUUGCGUGAUUUGGCCGUCGCUCUAUCCGCUUGCAUUUAUCAAUCGUUAUGUGAUUCGGACACAUUUAUUGUAAAACAAAAUGCUGAAACAAAUGGUUGCCACAGUCCUGGCAUGGAAACACUAGCCCGCCUAAAUGCCAGCUGUCAAAGUACGCAUCUAAUGGCAAAUGCUGCCGGUAGCCGACGUCGUCGAAAGUACUCGUCGGAUGAACCGAUUGCGGUGAGCACAUUGCCAUCAAAAUGGCCAGGUGUUACGAAUUUACGAGCAUUACUUGCCCAGGAAAAAGAUGAAGAUACGCCACGUUUGAAUGUAUUACUUUGUGAAGCAUUUAUGGCAACAUUUAUGUCACUGCUAGUAUACGGUUUGUCAACAUGUGAUUGUCACAUUUUGUAUCGUUUGGCUGGCCAAAAAUUCACAAACCAAUCAUGGGGUAGCCUCUUUGGCGGUGGCGUAAAAAAACUAUUGCGUAAAGCCAGCUCAAGAGCACAUGCAACAAUACAAGAAAUAUCACAAACAUCACAAGACACAAUUAUCGAAAAUGGCGAAGCAACGAAUACUGAUAGUGGCGUUUGGGGUGCAGUCACAUCAAUCACCAAGCAAAGAGUUAAACUGAAUAUGAAAUUGCUUGGACAUUUUGGUGGUUCACAAGGAUCACCAAAUAUGAAAGAAGAUAAACCAACGUACAGAGAACAAUUUGUGCCACCAGAUAUGUCAAUGGUGUCAUACUUUAUGGCAAAACCAUUAAUAAGAGAAAUCGAUGAUGAUGAAUACGAUUCGGCCGAUUCAAUAAGCUCUGACGUUGAUGAAGACGACGAUGAUGAUGUAUUCGCCGAUCCAUUGAAUAAUGAUCCGAAAGCUAGUCAAGCAUCAGCUGCCAUGAAAAAACAUCGUCGUGAAAAUACCGAACACUCGAAUCCAUACUCAUAUUCAUGGCUUAUUAUGCGUACGGCCAUUUUACGGAUUGCACAAAAUCAAUUGCAAGAUUUGAUUGCCGUUGCUGGCAUUGAAAUGCAAGAAUUACCGGUCGCUAGUCCAUUGACACAUGGUGUUUUACGAAGAUUGAAUUCAUGGAUUGAAAUUCUCAAAGAUGAUUUGGCAAUGCGUGGCCCAGCGCCGAUUGAUUUCAUUCCCGGUUGUUUCAUUGAGUCUGAUGUCAAGGGACCGGCCAUUCACAAAUAUCGAUCUCUAUUGGAAAAACAUAAUACACCAUUCAGUCCGAUUCAGGCAUCAUCCGCACCGGCUCGCCGACUAUGGCAUUAUCUGGUGCGACAAGAACCCGUUCAAGAUAUUUUCAUUCGAGCCGUCUUUGGUAAAAAACGUACAACAUCAGCAGCCGGUGAAAAUGCAUCUGUUGCUCCAUCGGUUAACAAUGACGGAACUUCGAGCAGUUAUGUAAAUGCUGACAACGAUCGUAAUGUUCCCGUUUCCGAGCCCGUUCGCAUAAUUCACAAAGAUCAAGAAUCAAUAUCGGCAUUCUGUUUGAACAAUGUUAAUCCUGGACUUAUUUCAUUGUCAACACCCAGAGAAGUCCAAGAAAUGGAUAUAUCUUUGUUACUCGAAUCGCCCAAUUGGAUGGAAGACGAAUGUGAAUUAGAUAUUUUAAAUUUGAACAAAGACUCCGAUUUAAUUCCCUCGAGCAAUUUCCUGGUUAUUCAAGCCGCUUCCGAUAAGAGUAUUCUAAAUCAAGCACAACAUGCUGCCACAAAUUAUGGCAUGCCAUCAAGUCCGACAUCGACAAUGGCUCCACAGUCUGGUCGCGGAGCCUCAGUGGUAUUGAAACACAAAGUCGACAAUAUAAAGCGAAUGUGCGCGCAUCCAUUGAUGCCAUUGUACUUAACGGGUGGCCAAGAUGGUUCGGUUCAAAUGUGGGAAUGGGGACAUCAACAAGUUGUUUGCACACCGCGACCACCAGGCACAUUUGCCAAAGUAACACGAUGCCGUUUCUCACAACAUGGCAAUAAAUUUGGCAUCGCUGAUGGUGAUGGCAAUUUAAGUUUAUGGCAAGCCAGUUUGGCAUCACAAUGCAAUCGAUCGUUCUUCACCUACCAAUGCCACAAUAAAGGAAUCUCGGAUUUCGUAUUUUUGGGCUCGUGCAGUUUAGUGGCAACAGCUGGUCAUAGUUCAGAGAGUAAGAACGUCGGUUUAUGGGACACAUUACUGCCCCAAAAGAAAUCUUUGGUUGCAUCGUUCACAUGUCAUGAACAAGGUGCAUCGAGUUUGAUUUAUGCACCACAGCAUCAAUUGUUGAUUUCGGCUGGUAAAAAGGGUGAUGUAUGCAUAUUUGAUGUGCGACAACGUUCACUUCGUCAUCGUUUCCAAGCGCAUGAAAGUGCAAUCAAAUGCUUAGCCAUCGACCCGCAUGAAGAGCACUUUGUUACUGGUUCGGCAGACGGUGAUAUUCGAGUAUGGGGUCUAACGGUUCAUACGUCAUUGUACAAUUUCCAUGGUGAGCAUGCGAAGAGCAGUUUCUUCAAACAUAUUGGUCAAGGUGUUACCCAAAUCCAAGUUGAUGCUCAAGGCCGUCUGUUUUCAUGUGGUGCUGAUGGUUCAAUGAAAGUACGUCAACUACCUGAUCGUGAAUCAAUCGUCCAAACUUUAUACUAAAUUCGAUAUAAAAAAAAACCAAUGUAUAACGAAACACAUACCAAAAAAAAAACAAGACAACACGAAGAAAAAAACAUAUGAGAGAGUAAAC